GCGUAGCCGAGCGGGACUAGGACGCAGCCUGCAUAAAUCGAUCGAUUCGGCCUCCAAUCCCCUUCCCCUUCCCUUCCGUUCCGCUCCAUCUUUCGAUCGGUCGCCGGCGAUCGCGCAGCGGCUCGUCGCCCGCCGCCGCCAUGGACGCAGAGUACCUCGGCCUGCAGCAGGGGAGCUCCUCGUCGUGCCGCACGGCCGACGCCGCCGCAUGGGGCGCCGCGCAGCAGCAGAAGCGCCAGCGAUGCCAGGGUUCAUCCAGCACAAGUACUUCUUUACAAAUUUCCGAACCAGAACCUCAGGAUCUUGACUCUGGAGAAAUCGAAGAAGAAGAAGAUUACUAUAUGGAGGACGACUGUGAUGAUGAUGUCGAUGGCUAUGAUGAAGAUGACUAUGACUUUGAUGAAGCUGACUUUAAUCAGCAUCUCGCUGAUAAAUUUGAUGAUUUAGAUCUGCCUCCAGGUGUGGAGGCUACUGUACCGUGGCUGCAGAAAAUUGCAGCCAAGGAAGAAGCCAAGGAGCCAUCUAAAUCAAAUACUGAAGAUGAGAAUGCAAAUAAAUAUAAGCAGUUCAAGCAGUUCGACACUGUUCAAAAUUUCUCUGACCAUCACUUUGCUAAAUGUUCUCAGGGAGAGCCAGCCAGAGCUUGGUCCAAGAGAGUUCAACAUGACUGGAAACUUCUGGAGAAGGAUCUACCAGCAUCUAUUUAUGUCCGGGUUGCCGAGGAUAGAAUUGACCUUCUUAGGGCUGCGAUUAUUGGACCUAAGGGAACGCCCUACCAUGAUGGGCUUUUCUUCUUCGAUGUUCACAUUCCCUCUUCUUAUCCUUCUGGCCCUCCGUUGGUACAUUACCACUCUGGAGGACUUCGGAUUAAUCCAAACUUAUAUAACUGUGGAAAAGUAUGCCUUAGCCUGCUGGGUACCUGGACUGGUAAUGGUUGUGAGAAGUGGAAUCCUGCUCAAUCAACCUUGCUACAGGUUCUUGUCUCCAUUCAAGCUCUCAUUUUGAAUGAGAACCCAUAUUACAACGAGCCAGGAUAUGAGGCCUCAGCCAACACUCCACAUGGACAGAGGAAAUCUUUGGAGUAUAACGACACUACCUUUCUGCACUCAUGCAGGACGAUGUUGUACUCACUUCGGAGGCCUCCAGAGCACUUUGCAGACCUUGUUGCCGGCCACUUCCGGGUGCAUGGGCACACCAUUCUCGCAGCAUGCAAGCACUACAUGGAGGGUCAUGACGUUGGCUCAGUGGUGCCGGAGGAAGAGUCUGACUGCAAAAGCAGUGGGGCGGGAGCAGCCAGCAGUAGCAGCAGCAAUGCACCAAAGCAAGGACCAGCAGUCAAUGCAGCAAACCCUCUGUCCAGACGCGCAAUCACAUUCAACACGAGCUUGAAGACGCUGUAUGAAGAUCUUCUGAUGGAAUUCAAUGUGAAGGGUGCCGACACGAGGAAGUUCAUUGUUGAGAAGUUGAAGAACAAACCUGCAGCAUUGUGAAAAGCAUGGAAGAAGGCUACUGCAGGUAGAGGUAGCAGUAGUUCCUAAGGUGGAGAUGAUAGAGAUAUGAGGAGUCUCUGCCAGUAAGUAGUAGAAACAGGGGUUGCCUAGCUGCAGGAAAGCUUUUGUAGAUAGCUCAGUCUCAUGAUAAUUGAUUUCUAGAACCUGGGACCUGCUUGCCCACUGGAAGUGAGUAUAAUGUAGGGAUGGAUCAUGUAGCGGAGUGAGUGCCAAGAGUGAUUCUUUCUCUCGGCACCAUGUUCAUCAAUCUAAUGAUACACUACAACAACAACAAGUGCAUUUUGGACCUUAUAGAGUAUGCUCUACUGCCGGUCAUAGAAUAGCUUAUUCUAACUGCUGGUCAUGGUUUAUUCUAUGGUCAGCUAUACUCUACUGAGAAUUGAUAUGUCCAUUCUUGUAUAUCGUAAUUUACUAUAAAUCGUAACUUGAAUGGCUUAUUAGAAUUGAUGUC